CUCUAAUCAAAAUUCAAAAGUAAUGUAAAAAAAAAAAGAGAGAGAAUACUUUUAUUCGCUGAGUUCUCGUUGACUUGGGGCAGUCUCAUGAAUCUCGUGUUCAUCGUGCCACCAUGUAAGAAGAUUGGAGGGGAGUGUGAUCAUACUAAGCUGAGAGGUGAAAGACAAACAAGAGAGAGUAAAAGAGAGCACUGGAUAGGAAGGUAAUAAUAAAAACUAGAAGACGGAAAUGGGUGCUUUCUCAUUUUUGAGCAGAGCUCUGCAUACCAAACCUUCAAACUAUUCUAAGCUUGUUGUUCUCCUCUCUGUCAGUAGUGGAGGUCUGAUUGCAUAUGCAGACUCCAAUUCAAGCAGUGAAGCAAAAGUUGUGGAAUAUGUUCAAUCAUUAGAACCAAAGAAAAAAAGAGUCUUGGUGCUAGGAACUGGAUGGGGUGCCACUAGUUUCCUUAAGGAUUUGGACAUUUCAUCCUAUGAUGUUCAAGUCGUGUCCCCUCGGAACUAUUUUGCAUUCACUCCAUUGUUACCUAGUGUCACUUGUGGUACCGUUGAGGCACGAAGCAUAGUUGAGCCAAUACGCAACAUUAUAAAGAAGAGAAAUGGAGAAGUUAAAUUUUGGGAAGCGGAGUGCUUGAAGAUUGACCCAAAGGAAAAGAGAGUACACUGCCGUUCUCUCAUCGAUGAAAAUUUAGUUGGGAAAAAUGACUUCUCAUUACAUUAUGACUAUCUGGUUAUAUCCGUUGGAGCAAAAGUGAACACUUUUAACACCCCUGGCGUUUCGGAGCAUUGUCACUUUCUGAAGGAAGUGGAAGAUGCUCAAAGCAUCCGCCGAGCUGUGAUUGAUUGCUUUGAAAAGGCAGUGCUUCCAGAGUUAAGUGAAGAUGAGAGGAGAACGAACCUCCAUUUUGUCAUAGUAGGGGGCGGCCCAACUGGUAUAGAAUUUGCUGCAGAGUUACACGACUUUGUUCAUGAAGAUUUAGUGAAAAUAUACCCAUCUGUGAAAGAUCUUGUUAGGAUCACUAUCAUCCAAUCUGGAGACCAUAUUUUGAAUACGUUUGAUGAAAGAAUAAGUACUUUUGCUGAGAAGAAGUUUCAAAGAGAUGGAAUUGAGGUUUUGACAGGAUGCCGAGUGGUCAGUGUCACUGAUGAGUCACUUAACAUGAAAAUAAAAUCUACUGGAGAAAACGUUUCAGUCCCACAUGGAAUAAUUGUGUGGUCAACUGGGGUUGGUACUCGCCCGGUCGUCACAGAUUUCAUGGAACAGACUGGUCAGGCCAACAGGCGUGCUCUUGCAACUGAUGAAUGGUUAAGAGUAAAAGGUUGUGAGGGAGUCUAUGCUCUUGGUGAUUGUGCUACUGUUGAUCAACGUAAAGUAAUGGAAGAUAUUACGAGCAUUUUUGAAGCAGCUGAUAAAGAUAGAUCCGGCACCUUAACUAAAGAGGAAUUUGAAGAUGUCAUUAAAGAUGUCAUCAUCAGGUACCCACAAGUGGAACUAUAUAUGAAGAGCAAGCAUCUCCUGGAAGUGGCAGACUUGCUGAAUGACGAUGAAGGGAACAAACAAGGUAAGAUAGAUAUUGAGGUUUUCAAGUUAGCCCUCUCUCAUGUUGAUUCACAAAUGAAGAGUCUUCCUGCAACUGCUCAGGUUGCCGCACAACAAGGCGCAUACCUGUCAAGGUGCUUUAACCGUUGGGAACACUGUAAAAGUAAUCCUGAAGGCCCUCGCCGUUUCAAAAGUACUGGACGACAUGAGUUUCUUCCUUUCAGGUAUAAGCAUUUUGGACAAUUUGCUCCCUUAGGUGGGGAGCAAGCAGCAGCCGAACUUCCUGGAGACUGGGUUUCCAUGGGUCACAGCACACAGUGGCUCUGGUACUCCGUAUAUGCAAGCAAGCAAGUGAGCUGGCGCACCCGGUACCUUGUUGUUGGUGACUGGACGCGGAGAUUCAUCUUUGGAAGGGAUUCGAGCCGUAUUUGAUGCCACCACGUCACACCAUCCUAUGGAUAUUAUUAGUUUCUAUCUUUCUUUACCUUGACGAAAAAUAUAAUUCAUCUUUUAUGGUGUUUGGGCUCAAGACAGAUUCCAAAUCAUUGUUUCUCUUGUAUAUAUUGGAUUGAAUUCAAUGUCCCUGGGCCCUGGCCAUCUUCUCAAGU